GUAACCUCUUUUUAAUCACAAUAUAUAUUUAUAUAGAUAUAGCUUGCUCUUAUCACAAGCUCUCUGAUCAGUUUGUACGUACUCCAAUAUAUAUAUAUAUGUAUAUAUAUAUACAUUGUUAUCUUUCUAGAUUGAAGCUUCAUUAAUGGUCUUUUUCUUCUUCUUCUUCAAAGCUUAAGCUUUUAGCUAAGUUGGUAACAUAAACAUAUAUUCAGGGUUUUUCCAUGGAAGCCAGAGAGAAGAAAGCUUCAGCAACAAACGGCAAUGGCGAAAUAAGCAUGUCGGAGAAGAAAGCCGAAACCAGAGACAACAGCCAGGUAGUUGUCGAAAUCCUGAACGAAGAGGCAAAAGGGUAUGUUCCGAAGGUCUCAGAAUCUUCAGAACCGAAACAGAUCAAAAUGGAUUCGACUCAGAAAGUUUCUACUGUUCCAGCGAGCUGCCCUUCGCCUGAGGCUUCGAGGUUUUUCCCAAGUCCGAACAAACCUCCGAAGGUCCCCACUCCCAAUGGGACUCCCACUCGCCGGAGCGUCCUCAACAGGUGUGUGUUUUCGAAACCCAAGUCCAGAUUUGGUGAGCCAUCGGCUCCCAUUGACGCCACUGUGCUCGAAGAACAUGCCUCAGAGCAAGCUGGGCUUGGCUCCUCCUUUAGAAGCUCGUUCAGCCGGGCUUCGCCGAACAACAUCUCCACCGGUCGGAGUAUCUCGAUGGCUCAGAAGUCGUCUGCUUCUCACGGCCAUGAUGAGGCCGAAGAGAUAUAUAACAAGGUUGCUUUGCAUAAACAGAAGCAUAGGAGAAUGAACACCAGGUUUUUGAUCGAGUGGUGUUUGUUUAUUUUCCUCUUCGGUUGUUUAACGGCUAGCUUGACUGUUAAGAAGUUGGAGACUUAUAAAAUUUGGAGUUUGGAGCUAUGGAGAUGGUGUGUUCUAGUCAUGGUGAUCUUCUGUGGUAAUUUGAUGACAAACUGGUUUAUGCAUAUUGUAGUUUUCGUUAUCGAGAGGAAUUUUUUGCUUGAAAAGAAGGUGCUUUACUUUGUUCAUGGACUAAAGAAGAGUGUUCAAAUCUUUAUAUGGUUGGGUUUUGUUCUUCUAACUUGGGUACUUGUGUUUAAUUAUGGAGUUAAGCGUUCAAAAUCAACCAGUAAGGUUCUGCGUAUAUUGUCAUGGACACUAGUGACACUACUCGUUGGGGCAUUUUUGUGGUUGGUGAAGACUCUGUUGUUGAAGAUCUUAGCUUCGAAUUUCCAUGUCAACACAUUCUUUGAUAGGAUUCAAGAAUCGAUAUUUCAUCAGUAUGUUCUGCAAACCCUUUCAGGGCCUCCACUCAUGGAGGACGCUGAGAGGGUUGGGAGGUCACCAAGCAUGGGGCAGUUGAGUUUCACAAGCACAAAGAAAGGGAAGAAGGAUUCGAAAGAGGUUAUCGACAUGGCGAAACUUCAUAAGAUGAAACAAGAGAAGGUUUCAGCUUGGACCAUGAAGGUUUUGAUUGAUGCUGUUUCGAGUUCGGGGCUUUCAACAAUCUCUAAUCAGUUAGAUGAAAUGGAAAAUGUGGCUGCAGAGCAGAACAAGGAGAUUACUAGUGAGAUGGAGGCUACUGCUGCUGCUUAUCACAUUUUCAGGAAUGUUGCUCAGCCUGGCUGCAAGUAUAUUGAUGAGGAUGAUCUGCUGAGAUUCAUGAUCAAGGAAGAAGUGGAUCUUGUUUUUCCUAUGUUUGGAGCAGAGAAUGGAAGAAUUGACAGAAAAGCUCUCACUGAUUGGGUGGUGAGAGUUUUCAAUGGCAGAAAAGCACUAGCACAUUCACUGAGUGACACCAAAACAGCUGUGAAACAAUUGAACAAACUAGUAACUUGCAUACUCACAAUAGUGACAAUUGUACUAUGGUUUGUUCUGGUUGAAGUGGCCACUACAAAAGUACUUGUCUUCCUCUCAACACAGCUUUUAGCUGCGGCUUUCAUGUUCAAAGACACCUGCAAGACCAUCUUCGAAGCCCUCGUGUUCAUUUUCGUUAUGCAUCCGUUCGAUGUUGGCGAUCGCUGCGUGAUCGAUGGGGUUCUGCUGCUGGUUGAAGAGAUGAAUAUAUUGAAUACUGUGUUCUUGAAACUCAACAAUGAAAAGGUGUAUUAUCCAAACGCAGUCUUGUCCACAAAACCCAUCAGCAACUACUACAGAAGUUCAGAUAUGGGUGAUACUGUGGAGUUUUCUAUUGACUUCAAUACUUCUGUGGAGAAGAUAGCCUUGCUCAAAGAAAGAAUUAAAAAGUACUUAGAAGAAAACCCACAAACAUGGCAUCCAACACACAGUGUGGUGGUGCUUGAGAUUGAGAAUGUGAACAAGUUAAAGAUGGCUCUCUAUCCAAACCACACAAUAACUUUCCAAGAAUAUGGCGAAAGGAACAGACGUCGAACCGAGUUGGUCAUGGAGCUCAAAAGGAUCUUCGAAGAAAUUCAUAUCAAGUACUAUCUUCUUCCCCAAACUAUCCAUCUCAACCAAGUUGGUUCGGACCAAAAAAUAUGAGCACUCGGUGCUACGUGCAUGUUCAUCUCUUUCGAGCUUUCCUUUAUAUCAAGUCAUAAACAAGACUUCUUUUUUUAUUAUUAGGUUUUGAGACCAUAUAAUGAUAGUGAGCUGAGUAGAGAGAAAUGUUCAUUAAUGAGUUUUUAUUUUUAGCCAUUUUUAAUGCUUGUGUUUUAUUAAAGAUACAAGCAUGAAUGGAACUACUUAGUUAUGAGCUAUUACCAUGAAAUGGAAUGUCUUUAUUUUUAUUUUUAUUUUUAUA